AUGAAGGCGCUGCUGCCGCCGGCGGUCGCCGCCGAGAACACGGCUCAGGUGCAGCAGCGGCGCGUGCAGGAGUGGGUGGACGGGCGCGGCUGGGCCGUCGAGGAGACGGACCUCACGCUGCGCGGCGUCGUGCUGCCGCCCGUGCCGGAGCAGGCCCCCAGCCCCGAACAGAGCCUGCACGUGCAGAUGCAGGAGUACCAGCCGUCCGGCGAUGGGUCAGCAGGCGGCUCUGCGGCCGAGGAAGAGGCUGAGACCGAGCGGGCGAAACCUGACAAGACGUUCUUCCAAAAUGUGAUGGGCCAGGUGAACCAGAUACUGAACGCGUACCCUGCCGAGCCGGAGCGGCCGGCGACGCCGCCGAAGGAGGUCGGGCCGCCGCGGGCGGCGGCGUCGUCAGAGGACCCGGUGCGGCGCGCCACGCUGCAGCAGCUGAGGGCCGCCGGGGUCAGCCUCGCCCCCAGUCAGACCAACGAGCGGUCGGUGUUUGACUACUCGUGCGUGCCACGGGCGGCCCGACCGUCGGCGGCCGUGCCUUGCAGCAGCGACCUCAGUCUGGAGAUUAACACACUGGCCAUGAAGUAUGUGGACAGCCGGCAGCUGCUGCAGCGCGCCGGCGCAGUGGGCGGUCGGCCGAGUCCACACCCCGUCGAGGCACGCCUGCUGGGCAAGGAGAACCUGACACCGCCGCCGCCGGGCCGGCCCACCGACAUGACCGUGUAUGGCAUAUCCGACAGCAACAUGUCUUUCUCCACCAGAAAGUACAUGGAGAAGUUCAACCUGCAGUCGUAGUUCACCCGGCCGCGCUCUUCUCAUUC